AUGAUCCGCUUGUUCCUCAAGAAACUUGUAGCCUCGAAACCAACUCUCAAAAACCCGCCUGGACCCAAGGGCAUUCCGGUGCUCGGCAGCGUUCUCAGUUUGAUGCACUCGCGCCCUUGGGAGACAUUCGCGGAAUGGGGCACUCGUUACGGAGACCUCGUGUUCUGCUCCCUCGCAGGUAAACCUGUGCUAAUCAUCAACUCUGAGCGUGUUGCACGCGAGCUUCUCGACAAGCGCUCCCACAUUUACUCUGACCGACCGCAGCUGUCUCAUUACGAAUACUCUGGAAUUGGCGCCUCAACAUCAUCGCUGCCAUACGGCAGCGACUUCAAGAUGCACGCUAGGCUUCUGUGUCGCGUCCUCAAGCGCGACGCAACCUCCUCAUAUCAGCGCUCCCAAGUACAGAGGAGCCACCAGCUCCUCGCAGAGCUCCACAUGAGCCCCUUCAACUUCGACGAUCACCUUAGAAACUUCACAGCGUCGGCGAUCACGGCGCUGACAUAUGGCUACGAGGCUGUAUCGGCGCAAGACAAUGCGUUCUGCAAGCCGAUGAUCGAGCUGGUCGAUCAGCUCCGCCAGGGCAUGGCCCCGGCGAGGGCAGUCCUCAUGUCUGCGUUUCCGAUCCUGCAAAGAAUUCCUCCGUGGUUCCCCCGCGCCAUCUGGCAGAGAGACGCGCAGAGGACGCGGGAGCUUAUGGAGGCGUGCCGCAAAGAGCCGUUUGCUUGGGUGAAGGAGCAGCUGGCAUCAGGGAAAACCCUCCCUCCCUCGUUGGUAGGAGAUCUGCUCCAAGCGAAGGGAGAUGCAUCCGUCAGCGACGCCGAGUACGCCAAGGUCCUCAAAGACGUCGCAGCGACGAUGUUCAUCGGUUUGUCACUAUGCGAGUCUAAUUCCUUACUUUCUGACACUACUUCCUUGCUUAUGGCAUUUUUCCUUACUAUCGUAACCCGUCCCGACGUGCAAAAACGAGCACAGGCCGAGAUCGACGCCCAGCUUGGAGCCGGAAACCUGCCGACGUUCGCGGACCGACCCAAGCUUCCCUACGUGGAAGCUGUCCUGCGUGAGGUACUCAGGAUGUACGUCAUCCUGCCGCUAGCAUUGCCUCACUCGACGUCUGCAGACGACGUGUACAACGGGUACUUCAUCCCGAAAGGAACGCUCGUCCUACCCAACACAUGGCACAUGGUGCGCUCCGACCCUAAAUGGUCCCGCGCCGACUCCGACACGGAGGCAUUCGACCCGACGCGCCAUCUCGCGUCCUGCGGGACGCUCCUCCCAACCGCGUCGCCCGCCGACAUCGCGAACAGCCCCGUGUUUGGCUUCGGGCGGCGCCGGUGCCCCGGGCGGUUCGUCGCGGAGAACGCGCUGUGGAUCGCGAUGGCGGGGGUGCUCGCCGCGUUCGAUGUUUCCCCAGUGGAUAAAAGUAGUAUCAAUGCGAAGGUGGAGAUGCACGAUGCGAAUGCGAGAACGCCUGUGGUGUUCCCGUGCGUUGCUGCGGUGCGGAGGGGGUGGGAGGGCGCGGUGGAGGCGCUGUAG